AUGGACUCGUCCUCCGAUUAUCAAGGGAGGACUAUGUCGACACAGGGUCAACAAAAGCAGCAAUGGGUGCGCUUCUAUUACAACAUCAGCUUCACACCUGGCGGCAAGAACUUCGCUUGUCAAGGGCGGGCUCCCAACAAAGCGAGGUCGAAACGGCAAAGAAACGCAGAGAAUGUCCUGAACAACAGUGAGGUUCACGAAGCCGAGGAGGAAGAAGAGGGCGACGACGAAGAAGAAGCAGAGAACUUUGUUUCAGGAGACGAAGAGGAAUCGGAAAUCUCUGGCUCCUUCAAUGUCCAACAUGAAGAGGAACAAGCAGAGGAAGAAGUGUUUGUUUCAUGUUCCUUCAGGUCGACAUCUCGAGACGUCGAUGAUUACCGUGAACCCCAUCAAAUUCUAGACGGAUCUGACACUGAUCUCGUAGAGGCCACGCCCGUUGUCAUGCUGGACAUAGAACAACAAUUUGGCAUGAUUGUGAUGGAAGCCCAUCCAGUGGACUUAGAAGGUGCCAAGGAAAGAAAAGACAAGCGUCAGAAGAAGUUCCAAAGAGACUGUGCCAAAGUUUUCGUUUUGAUGACGCUUCUCUUGUUGGCAGUUGUGUUGGGGGUUGUCUUUGGAAUGCUAAGCAGAAGAUCGACAUCUACCACCAAAAUCAUCAAGACGUCUACAGCAGAUGAUGCGCCAACCAAUGCGAAUGCAUCGGGCAUGCCAUCCAUGCUGAGCCGCCUUUUCCCCAACAGUUCUCUCGCAACUUAUACAUCAACAGAUUGA